AUGUCCCGUCCUCCUCCUUCGGCUCUGCAACCUCCGACUGCUGCCAAUCCUCCCUCGACCACUUGGGCCAUGACGGAAACUCAGAAUCCUCCGCAUUUCCAGCCAGUCUUCCACGAUGAUCCGUACCGCCGCACGCUGCCUCCAUUAUCUUCAUUGACACAGGAGCCGCCUCAUCCAAGGCCCGAUUUGCAUCUGCAAAUCACCCAAGCGCAACUACCUAGCAUACAUCCUAGCCCGUAUGCGCCGCGUGAGAGUCCUCUGCACUCACUUCGGCCCUACACUGCUCAAUCCUAUCCAAACGAGAGACCAGCACCUCCUAGUCACUACCAGCCGCCAGCCUUUUCAUCUUCGCACUACGGAGCUGCCGUAUCUCCACGCAGUGAGUAUGUUCCCGUGUCGCGACAACGGACCACGAGCGACUCGCGAUAUCGAUCGGACGACCCCCGGCAUCUGCAUGUAGAUUCUCAUUUUGUUUCGCCCGUAGAAAGGAAGGCUCCUGGUUUCCCUUCUGCCCUGCCAUCACCAAGCUAUUCGUCGCAGUACAAUUCGGCCAACAAUACGAUUCGAAAUUCGUUUAGUUCGCAUGCAAGCUCAGCACCCUCGACUACGGGACCGCCCGCUGUUCAUUCGGAGCCUCGCCCUCCUACGGCUCGACCUGCACCGCGAACAGCUACUGGACCAGCAACACGGCCAGCUCACUCUACUCCGGAUCCAAGUAGUUCAUACGAUUACAAGCUGGUGGUUCGACAGCAACCACUUGCGGCUCGCGCUUGUGGGUUUGGGGAACGUGACCGCAGGGUUAUCGAUCCUCCACCGAUCAUACAGCUUCAAGUGACUGACAAGAACACUGGAAUUCCUGUGGACGACGAGCUCCGCUACGGUUUGCAUGUUUUACAUUGCGCACUCUGGGAUCCUCAAGGCGAACGAGAGCAAACAUCACUACUACAGGAUCAGAAGCGGCCAACUAGAAGACUGAUGGGUCAGCUCGUCGCCUCACCGUCCGUCGCGAAAGACGAGCACGACGUAGAGGGCUGUUUCUUCUGCUUUCCAGAUCUUUCGUGCCGGACGCAUGGACAGUACACGCUGCGAUUCGUCCUCAUGAGGAUCGAUCCUGCAAAUCUUGAAGUUGGCACUUUCUUUCCGGUCUUGACUGAGGUGCUCAGUGACGUGUUCACAGUCUACACAGCCAAGGACUUCCCCGGAAUGCGCUCCAGUAGCGCCUUGACGAGAGCCUUGAAACUUCAGGGGUGUAACAUCCAGGUCAAGAAAGGCAACGACAAAGCGAUAGCACGAAAACGAGCGCCGAAUAGUAGUGACGACGAUGAUGGAGAGGAAGGCAAGCGACGACGCAAGGGUUGGUGA